AUGAAUUGCACCGAAGAGUCAAGUCGUCUUGCUGAAACUGAUUUUCUUUCAUCAUUUGCAUUUUGGACAUUAGGAGUCAUCAGUAUUAUUUUGUCGCUUUUUGCCAAUGCAGGAAAUUUAAUUAAUUUAUUUGUUUUAACUCGACGUCA